AUGAACAAUCCUGCUAGCCUGGCAGCGCCCUCUACCACACCUUUGCUCCCUUCAGAGAGGCCAGUGGACAUCACGAAGCCCCUAGAAGACCAGCAGGCCACGCUGGGGGAGGAUGUGGUGCUCACUUGUGAGCUGUCGAGGGCAAGCACUCCUGUGCGCUGGCUGAAGGAUGGGAAGGCCAUCCGUGAGAGUCAGAAGUACAAGCUGCUCCGCGAAGGCACGCAGGCUGUGCUGGUCGUCCAUGGAGCCUCUCUCAAGGACUCUGGCACAUACACGUGUGAGACGGACGCUUCCAAGAGCACAGCCAGACUCCGUGUGGAUGAAAAGGCCAACAGGUUUACAGAGGACCUGGUUGACCUGCAGGUGGAGGAGAAGGGCACGGCCGUGUUCGAGUGCAAGACGGAGCUCCCAGCAUCCACCGUGACGUGGCGCAAGGGCCUCAAAGAGCUGCGGGCCUCGGGAAAGCACAUGUUGAGCCAGGAGGGCUUGGCCCUGCGGCUCACCAUCCGCACCCUGGAGAAGACGGACAGUGACACCUACACCUGUGACAUUGGGCAGGCCCAGUCCCAGGCCCGGCUCCUGGUGCAAGGGCAGAGGGUGCUCAUCACGGAGGAACUGCAGGACAUGGAAGUGCACGAGGGCUCCUCAGCCACAUUCUGCUGCCGUGUUGCCCCUGCUGACCACGGGCCUGUGCGCUGGUUCCUGGACGAGACACCCUUGCAUGCCAAUGAGCUCAAUGAAAUCGUGGUCCAGCCUGGGGGGUACCAUGUGCUCACCCUGCGGCAGCUGGCGCUCAAGGACUCGGGUACUAUCUACUUUGAGGCGGGUGACCAGAGGACCUCGGCCACCCUGCGGGUCACUGAGAAGCCGAGCAUCUUUUCCCGGGAGCUCACAGAUGCCACAAUCACAGAAGGCGAGGACUUGACCCUCAUGUGUGAGACCACUGCUCCUGACACCCCCGUGCACUGGACCAAGGAUGGGAAGAUGCUGCGGCCAUCUGCCCGGUGCCAGCUGAGCUACAAGGGCUGCUGUGCCCAGCUGGUCAUCGCAGGUGCCACUCCGCAGGAUGGUGGUCGAUAUAAGUGUGAGGCUGGCGGGGCCUGGAGCAGCUCCAUUGUCAGGGUCCAAGCUCGGCCGGUUAGGUUCCGGGAGGCGCUGAGGGACUUGGAGCUGCCGGAGGGUGGUGCCGCCACGCUGCGCUGUGUGCUCUCCUCGGUGGCGGCGCCCGUGGAAUGGCGCCACGGGGAAGAUGUCCUGAGGUCCAGCAGCAAGUACAGCCUGCGCCAGGAGGGUGCUGUGCUGGAGCUGGUCAUCCGGGACCUGCAGCCCCAGGACGGGGGCAAGUAUUCCUGCUCCUUCGGGGACCAGACGACCUCAGCAACACUCUCUGUGAAGGCCCUGUCUGCCCAGUUCAUAGGAAAACUGAGAAAUAAGGAGGCCACGGAAGGGGCCACGGCCACGCUGCGCUGCGAGCUGAGCAAGGCGGCCCUUGUGGAGUGGAGGAAGGGGACAGAGCCCCUCACAGAUGGGGACAGACUGAGCCUGAGGCAGGAGGGGGCUGUGUGUGAGCUGCAGAUCCAGGGCCUGGCAGAAGAGGAUGCUGGGGAGUAUUCGUGUGUGUGUGGGCAGGAGAGGACCUCGGCCACUCUGACCGUCAGGGCUCUGCCCGCCCACUUCGUAGGAAGACUGAGGAGUAGGGAGGCCACGGAAGGGGCCACGGCCACGCUGCGCUGCGAGCUGAGCAAGGCGGCCCCCGUGGAUUGGAGGAAGGGGACAGAGUCCCUCACAGACGGGGACAGAAUGAGCCUGAGGCAGGAGGGGGCUGUGUGUGAGCUGCAGAUCCAGGGCCUGGUUGAGGAGGACGGCGGAGAGUACUCGUGUGUGUGUGGGCAGGAGAGGACCUCGGCCACGCUGACCGUCAGGGCCCUGCCUGCCAGGUUCACAGAGGGUCUGAGGAAUGAGGAGGCCGUGGAAGGGGCCAUGGCCACUCUGCGGUGUGAGCUGAGCAAAGAAACAGCAGUGGUGUGGAGGAAAGGAACAGAGACCCUCAGGGAAGGCCACAGACACAGCCUGCGACAGGAGGGAGCCUUGUGUGAGCUGCAGAUCCGGGGCCUGGUUCUGGAAGAUGCUGGGGAGUACUCCUGCAUGUGUGGGCAGGAGAGGACCUCGGCCAUGCUGACCAUCAGGGCCUUGCCUGCACGAUUCACUGAAAAUCUGAAGUCCAGGGAGGCCAUGGAAGGGACCACGGCCACACUGAGGUGUGAACUCAGCAAAGAGGCCCCUGUGGAGUGGAGGAAGGGUGUGAAGACCCUCACCAGUGGGGACAGACUCCGCCUGAGGCAGGACGGGGCUGUGUGUGAGCUGCAGAUCUCCGGCCUGGCCACAACUGAUGCUGGGGAGUACUCGUGCGUGUGCGGGGAAGAGAAGACAGCAGCCACGUUGACCGUGAGGGCCCUGCCCGCCAAGUUCACAAAGGGUCUGAGGAAUGAAGAGGCUGUGGAAGGGGCCACGGCAAUGCUGCAGUGUGUGCUGAGCAGAGAGGCCCCUGUGGAGUGGAGGAAGGGUGUGAAGACCCUCACCAGUGGGGACAGACUUCGCCUGAGGCAGGACGGGGCUGUGUGUGAGCUGCAGAUCCAGGGCCUGGCCCGGGAAGAUGCCGGGGAGUACUCGUGUGUAUGUGGGCAGGAGAGGACCUCGGCCACGCUGACAGUCAGGGCCCUGCCCGCCAGAUUCAUAGAAGAUCUGAGAAGCCAAGAGGCCACAGAAGGGUCCACGACCACUCUGCGGUGUGAACUAAGCAAGGCAGCCCCCGUGGAGUGGAGGAAGGGGUCUGAGACCCUCAGAGAUGGGGACCGGUACAGGCUGAGGCAGGAGGGGGCCACGUGUGAGCUGCAGAUCCAGGGCCUGACUGUGGCAGAGGCUGGGGAGUACUCGUGUGUGUGUGGGCAGGAGAGGACCUCGGCCGUGCUGACCGUCAGGGUUCCACAGGCUGUGUUCCGGGAGCCCCUGCAGUGCCUGCAGGCCGAGGAGGGCUCCACAGCCAGGUUGCAGUGCGAGCUGUCCCUUCCCAAUGCCACUGUGGUCUGGAGCAAGAACGGCCUGGAGCUGCAGGCUGAUGGGCGCCGGGAGUUGCAGCAGCGAGGCUGCACCGCCGAGCUGGUGCUGCGGGACCUGCGCCGUGAGGACGCGGGCGAGUACAGUUGUGCUUUCGGCUCCCAGGCUACCAGUGCCACCCUCACGGUAACAGCUGCGCCCGUGCGGUUCCUCCGGGAGCUGCAGGCCUUAGAGGUGGAUGAGGGAGCUACAGCGCACCUGCGCUGCGAGCUGAGCCAGGCGGGAGCGAGCGUGGAGUGGCGCAAGGGCUCCCUGCAGCUCUUCCCCUGCGCCAAGUACCAGAUUGUACAGGAGGGCUCGGCCACCGAGCUGCUGGUGCGCGGGGCGGAGCAGGAAGAUGAGGGAGACUACACCUGCGAUGCGGGUCAGGCGCAGACCACAGCCUCUCUUUCCAUCCGCUCCCCCAAGCCCAAGUUCAAGACCCGGCUGCAGAGUGUGGAGCAGGAGGCAGGCGGUGUGGCUCGGCUCUGUUGCCAGCUGAGCGAGGCUGAGCCAGGGGCCCCUGUGCAGUGGCUAAAGGAGGGCGUGGAGCUGCCUGUGGGCCCCAAAUAUGAGAUGCGGUGCCAAGGGGCCACGUGCGAGCUGUUGGUCCACGGGCUGGAGGCCAAGGACACAGGAGAGUAUGCCUGUGUGGUGGGUGGCCAGAAAACCUUGGCCUCCCUCAGGGUCAGAGAGCCUGAGGUGACCAUCGUGAGGGGCCUGGUUGAUGCCGAGGUGCAGGCUGACGAGGAUGUGGAGUUCAGCUGUGAGGUGUCACGGGCUGGGGCCACAGAUGUGCAGUGGCGCCUCCAGGGCCUGCCACUGCAGAGCAACGAGGUGACAGAGGUGGCUGUUCGGGAUGGCUGCAUCCACACACUCCAGCUGAAGGGUGUGACACUUGAGGACGCUGGCACCGUGUCCUUCCAUGUGGGCAGCCAUGCAUCUUCUGCUCAGCUCACUGUCAGAGUCCCAGAGGUGACCAUCCUGGAGCCCCUGCAAGACAUGCAGCUGAAUGAAGGCCAGGAUGCCCACUUCCGGUGCCGGCUGUCCAGAGCUGCAAGCCAGGAAGCCCGCUGGGCUUUGGGAGGGGUACCUCUGCAGGCCAACGAGAUGAAUGACAUCACCGUGGAGCAGGGCACACUUCACUUGCUCACCCUGCACAAGGUGACUCCUGAAGAUGCGGGAACCAUCAGUUUCCAAGUGGGCUCAUGCAGCUCAGAAGCCCAGCUGAAAGUCACAGCCAAGAACACCGUGGUCCGGGGCCUGGAGAAUGUGGAUGUGCCUGAGGGCGGGGAGGCCUUGUUUGAGUGCCAGCUGUCCCGGCCUGAGGUGGCUGCCCACACCUGGCUGUUGGACGAUGAGCCCGUGCACACCUCGGAGAACGCGGAGGUGGUAUAUUUCGAGAACGGCCUGCGACACCUACUGCUGCUCAAAAACCUGAGGCCACAGGACAGUUGUCGGGUGACUUUCCUGGCUGGGGACAUGGUCACCUCUGCUUUCCUCACCGUCAGAGGCUGGCGCCUAGAAGUCCUGGAGGCCCCCAAGGAUGUGGUGGUGCGAGCUGGCGCACAGGCUCACUUCACCUGCGUGCUCAGCGAGGCCCUGCCGGUGGGCGAAGCCACCUGGUACAUCAACGGAACUGCGGUACAGCCUGACGACGACUGGACCAUCACAGCUGACGGCAGCCACCACACCCUGCUGCUACGCAAUGCACAGCUACACCACGCUGGGGAGGUCACCUUUGCUGCCCGAGACGCAGUGACCUCAGCUCGACUUUCGGUGUUGGGCCUCCCUGAUCCCCCAGAGGAUGCCGAAGUGGUGGGUCGCAGUGGCCACUCCGUGACGCUGUCCUGGGUGGCUCCCACAAGCGAUGGUGGAGGGGGUCUGUGUGGCUAUCGGGUAGAGAUGAAGGAGGGGUCCAAGGGCCAGUGGCGUUUGUGCCACGAGCUAGUGCCUGGGCCUGAGUGUGUGGUGGAUGGACUGACUCCUGGGGAGACCUACCGUUUCCGAGUGGCUGCUGUGGGCCCUGCAGGUGCUGGGGAGCCUGUGCACCUGCCCCAGAUGGUCAGGCUGGCAGAACCAGUGGAGCCUGUACCUCCCUCGCCCCCUACCCCUGUGAGCCGGCAGGUGGUGGCCGGAGAGGAUGUCUGUCUGGAGGUGGAGGUGGCAGCUGAGGCUGGCGAGGUCGUCUGGCACAAGGGGACGGAGUGCAUCCAACCCAGUGGGCACUUUGAGGUCCUUUCCCGGGGUCGGCAGCAGACACUGGUGAUCAAGGGCUUCAGGGCAGAAGACCAGGGCGAGUACCGCUGUGGCCCUGCCCACGCCCUGGCCUCCAUGGAGGCUGCCACCUUCCAGGUGGUGCUGACCCCUGGCUCUGGGGACGAGGCUCCCACACAGCCCAGCCUGCCCCCUGAGGCAGCCCAGGAGGGUGACCUGCACCUGCUGUGGGAGGCCCUGGCCAGGAAGCGUCGCAUGAGCCGUGAACCCACGCUGGACUCCAUCAGUGAGCUUCCAGAGGAGGAUGGCCGCGUGCAUCACCUACGGCAGGAGGUGGAGGAGGUGGCCCCUGACCUCUCUGAGGGCUACUCCACAGCUGAUGAGCUGGCACGCACUGGAGAGGCUGACCUCUCGCACACCAGCUCUGACGACGAGUCCCGGGCAGGCACACCUUCCCUGGUUACUUACCUCAAGAAGGCUGGACGGCCUGGGGUCUCACCCCUGGUCAGCAAGGCCAGGGCCCCAGCACCCUCCUCUGUGGAACCACAGAAGAAGCAGGAGCACCCAGCCCAGGUGCACCCACCACCGAUAGGUCUGAGUGCUGAGGAUCUGGGCGACCCCUCCAUGGACAAGGCAGCAGUGAAGAUUCAGGCUGCCUUUAAGGGCUACAAGGUCCGGAAGGAGAUGAAGCAGCAGGAAGGACCCGUAUUCUCCCACACAUUUGGGGACACUGAGGCCCAGGUGGGGGAUGCCCUGAGGCUGGAGUGUGUGGUAGCCAGCAAGGCUGAUGUGCGAGCAUGCUGGCUGAAAGACGGCGUAGAGCUCACUGACGGGCGGCACCACCACAUCGACCAGCUCGCGGAUGGGACGUGCACCCUUCUGGUCACUGGCCUGGGCCGUGCCGACACUGGUCGCUACACCUGUCAGGUGAGCAACAAGUUUGGCUGUGUGAGCCAUAGCGCCUGUGUGGUGGUCAGUGGCACCGAGAGUGAGGCCGAGAGCUCCUCCGGGGGCGAGCUGGACGACGCCUUCCACCGCGCUGCCCGGCGUCUGCACCGGCUCUUCCGCACCAAAGGCCCAGCGGAGGUUUCUGACGAAGAGCUGUUUCUCAGCGCUGACGAGGGUCCCGGGGAGCCAGAGCAGCCUGCGGACUGGCAGACCUACCGCGAGGAUGAGAAUUUUGUCUGCAUCCGUUUCGAGGCCCUGGCCGAAGCUCACAGGGCAGUCACCUGCUUCCGAGAGAUGUUCACCACCAUGGGCAUCGGGGUGGAGAUCAGCCUGGUGGAGCAGGGGCCCAGGGGGGUGGAGAUGCGCAUUGGCAAGGUGGCCCCUGCCCCUGCAGCACCUCCGGAGCCAGUGUCCACUCAGCUGACUUCUGAUGCCGCCCCCGUGUUCCUGACGGAGCUGCAGAACCAGGAGGUGCAGGAUGGGUACCCCGUGAGCUUCGACUGCGUGGUGACGGGCCAACCUGUGCCCAGUGUUCGCUGGUUCAAGGACGGGAAGUUGCUGGAGGAGGAUGAUCACUACAUGAUCAAUGAGGACCAGCAGGGUGGCCACCAGCUCAUCAUCACUGCUGUGGUGCCCGCAGACAUGGGCGUCUACCGCUGUCUGGCAGAGAACAGCGUGGGCGUCUCCUCCACCAAGGCUGAGCUCCGAGUGGAGCUGACCAGCACAGACUACGACACUGCCGCAGACGCCACGGAGACCUCAUCCUACUUCAGUGCCCAGGGAUACCUGUCUAGCCGGGAGCAAGAGGGAACCGAAUCAGAUGAGGGGCAGCUGCCCCAGGUGGUGGAGGAGCUGAAGGACCUCCAGGUGACCCCUGGUACACGCCUGGCCAAAUUUCAGCUCAAGGUGAAAGGCUACCCAGUCCCCAGAUUGUACUGGUUCAAAGAUGGCCAGCCCCUGUCUGCAUCUGCCCACAUUCGCAUGGCUGACAAGAAGACACUGCACACCCUGGAGAUCGUCUCUGUCACCCGGGAGGAUGCUGGCCAGUAUGCUGCCUAUAUCAGCAAUGCUGUUGGUGCUGCCUACUCAUCUGCCCGGCUGCUGGUCCGAGGCCCCGAUGAACCAGAAGAGAAGUCUGCAUCAGAUGUGUGUGAGCAAUUGGUGCCACCCCGCAUCCUGGAGAGGUUCACCCCCAAGAAAGUGAAGAGGGGCUCCAGCAUCACGUUCUCAGUGAAGGUGGAAGGAUGCCCGGCCCCCACCAUACACUGGCUCAAAGAGGAGGCCGAGAGAGGCGUGCUGUGGAUUGGCCCUAACACCCCAGGCUACACUAUGGCCAGCUCUGCCCAGCAGCACAGCCUGGUCCUGCUAGAUGUGGGCCGGCAACACCAGGGCACCUACACGUGCAUUGCCACCAACGCUGCUGGCCAGGCUCUCUGCUCUGCCAGCCUGCAAGUCUCAGGCCUGCCCAAGGAGGAGGAGCAGGAGAAGAUGAAGGAGGCUCUCAUUUCUACCUUCCUACAGGGGACCACCCAAGCCAUCUCAGCACAGAUGUCAGAGUCUGCUGGUCUCAUCGGCCUUGCUGGGCAGAGGAAAGGGGAGGCCCUGGUGGCUGAGGAGGCCCACGGCCGCCUGUCCCUCGCUGAGGUGGGCACGGAGGAAUUCCUACAGAAACUCACCUCCCAGAUCACUGAGAUGGUGUCGGCCAAGAUCACACAGGCCAAGCUGCAGGUGCCUGGAGGUGACAGUGAUGAGGAGUCCAAGACUCCGUCCGCCUCCCCCCGGCAUGGCCGGUCGCGGCCCUCCUCCAGCGUCCAGGAGUCAUCCUCGGAGUCAGAGGACGGGGACUCCCGAGGAGAGAUCUUUGAUAUCUACGUGGCCACGGCCGACUACCUGCCCCUGGGGGCCGAGCAGGAUGCCAUCACACUGCGGGAAGGCCAGUAUGUGGAGGUCUUGGACUCAGCCCACCCGCUGCGCUGGCUUGUGCGCACCAAGCCCACCAAGUCCAGCCCCUCCAGGCAAGGCUGGGUGUCACCAGCCUACCUGGACAAGAGGCUCAAGCUGUCUCCUGAGUGGGGGCCCAGUGAGGCCCCCGAAUUCCCCGAGGCCGUGUCCGAGGAUGAGUACAAGACCAGGCUGAGCUCUGUCAUCCAGGAGCUGCUGAGCUCAGAGCAGACCUUCGUGGGUGAGCUUCAGUUCCUCCAAAGCCACUACAUACAACAACUGGACCGUGCUCCCCGAGCGCCAGCAGCCGUAGCCAGCCAGAAGGCAGUCAUUUUUCGCAAUGUGCAGGACAUCAGUCGCUUCCACAGCAGCUUCUUGCAGGACCUGCAGCGCUGUGACACAGAUGAUGAUGUGGCCAUGUGCUUCAUCAAGAACCAGGAAGCCUUUGAGAAGUACCUGGAGUUCCUGGUGGGCCGUGUGCAGGCAGAGUCCGUGGUUGUCAGCAUGCCCGUCCAGGAGUUCUACAAGAAAUGCGCUGAGGAGAUGCUGUCUGCUGGGGACCCCUCGCAGCCACCCCCACCCCCACUGCAGCACUACCUGGAGCAGCCGGUGGAGCGGGUGCAGAAGUACCAGGCUCUGCUCAAGGAGCUGAUCCGCAACAAGGCCCGGAACCGGCAGAACUGCGCCCUUCUGGAGCAGGCCUACGCAGUCGUGUCGGCGCUGCCCCAGCGUGCCGAGAACAAGCUGCACGUGUCCCUCAUGGAGAACUACCCUGGCACCCUGGAGGCCCUGGGGGAGCCCAUCCGCCAGGGCCACUUCAUUGUGUGGGAGGGCGCACCAGGGGCCCGCAUGCCUUGGAAGGGCCACAAUCGCCACGUCUUCCUGUUCCGGAACCACCUGGUGAUCUGCAAGCCCCGACGAGACUCGCGCACCGACACCUUCAGCUAUGUGUUCCGGAAUAUGAUGAAGCUAAGCAGCAUCGACCUGAAUGACCAGGUGGAAGGGGACGACCGUGCCUUCGAGGUGUGGCAUGAACGGGAGGACUCUGUGCGCAAGUACCUGCUGCAGGCGCGCACAGUCAUCAUCAAGCACUCCUGGGUGAAGGAGAUCAGCGGCAUCCAACAGCGCCUGGCCCUGCCUGUGUGGC